ACAUCUCCAUUUCUCCACUAAACCAGAGCCUUCUUCUCCAAGUUACAAUGCUCUCUUAACGUUUUUCUCUUUUUGACUCUACUCACUUUUUCUUGCAUCUUUCCACCUCCAUCACUCACUACAAACAAAUCAACGCCCAUUUUAGCUCAUCACAAAAACACCCAAUGGAAUUUUCCCAUUUUUUUACUUUCUCCUCACAGUAACACGCACGAUCACCUUCUUCCAUUCCCUUAAAAACCCCACCAUUCAUCUCACAUCACUUGAGUUAAAGCUAGCAACUUUCAUCCCACAGAUGCCUGAAUUCCAACCCAAACACUUCCACUCCACUCUCUUCACAUGGGUUUACCUCCUUUUCUUACGCCACCAUGUUGUUGAUGCACAAUCAUCCAUGGAGCCAGUACCCACAUACAUCAACCACCAUAAUUGGGAACCUUCUGUUGCAAUCACUGUUGGAGCCAUCAUUUGUGCUCUUCUCUUCAUGGGCAUCAUCUCAAUCUACAUAAGAAGGUGUGCAGAGUCACACAUCAUCAUCACCCAGGCCACCACAAACACCACACACUUCCCAUGUUCAUGUUCACAAGGCAUCAACAAGGAACUCCUCAACACCUUCCCAACCUUCUUCUACUCCAACAUCAAGGACCUCAAGAAGGGAAAAGAAGCACUUGAAUGUGCUGUGUGCUUAACUGAUUUCAAAGAGAAAGACACCCUAAGGCUGCUCCCUAAAUGCAACCACGUGUUUCACCCUCAAUGCAUUGAUUCAUGGCUAGCUUCACACGUGACAUGCCCAGUUUGUCGUGCGAAUCUGAACCAAGAUUCAUGCCAUGUUGCCAUAACUGUCCCUACCCAGUUGAGCACUGAUGAUGAAAGUGGAACCAGAACUGAAACUGGUGAAGAAAACCAACAAGAGCCAAACCCAAACAUAAACACCAACCCAAACCCAAAUCCAAAUCCAAACCAAAACCAAAAGCAAAACCAAGGUGAGGUUAAUGGUAGUAGUGAUGAUGGGGGUGCAUCAAAAUGGAACCUUUUGAGGUCAAAUUCAACUGGGCAUUCACUUGUUGAGCCAGGGAAGUGUGUGGAGAGGUACACGUUGAGGUUACCAGAAGAUGUGAGGACGUACAUUCUGGUGAACCAUGGAUCAACUGUUCAACGUUCUUUGAGUUACCACACCAACAACAACAACAACGUGGUUAAGGGGAUGUGUUGGAGUGAUAGUGAAGAGAGUAACGGAGGGAAGAGGAUCAAUGGUGAGGUGAGGGUGGAAAGGUGGGUGCUUUGCACACCGCCAUUUGUUGGGCGCCAUGGUUGAAGAGUUUUGUCGAACACUUUCUGUGCUCUCUACAUUGCCUCUUCUCUGUGCAUCUUUGUUAAGAGGUAAAGGUUCUCAAAGUGAAGAUUGGUGAUGUUUGGGUUGUUUCAAUAAAUGGGUCUUUGUCCAUUCUCGCAGAGAUUAUGAUAUUUUGGUGUUACAAUGUUGAAGCAGAGGAUUGACAUGGAAGAUGAACAGUAGGUCCUCAAUGAUUGAGUCAACUCGUUUUCUCUUUGGCUUAUGAGUCAAAUCGUUUUCUUUCUUUCUUUCCUUUUUCUUUUUUUUGACUUAUUUGGGAUGAGAGAGCGAGAUCAUGGUCUUUUGCAUAUUUUGUGAUUUAUUUUAUUUUAUUCAUUUAUAAGAUACCUAUUACCUAG